AUUGCUCUUCGACCAAUGAGAUUUCGGCAACCUGACCUCUCCGGUCAGUUUCCUGCCGAGGUCGCCAGCCGAAAGAAAUUGUUCCAACUUUUCCAUCUCGGGGCCUUCGUUUUGUCCAGUGCCGGCGAGCCCUCCUCUCCCUCGGCGAAGUUCAUGACGGUAGCCGACGGUGACACGUUAGCGCCGCUCGUCAUGCCCGUCCCAGCCGAGCGCCGCCAGAGCUCCGCCGCGGCCUGCGCGUCCCCGGGCUCGCUUACUCCGCCCGCCCCGAUCAACGGGCAGCAGCCCGGCGUGGCCACGUCGCUGCUGUACAGCGGCUCCCAGUUUCGGGGCCACCAGAAGAGCAAAGGCAACGCCUACGACGUGGAUGUUGUUCUGCAGCACGUGACUCCGGAGGACUCGUAUUUGUGCGGAUAUCUGAAGAUCAGCGGCCUGACUGAGGAGUAUCCGACGCUCACCACAUUUUUUGCGGGUGAAAUCAUAAGUCGAAAGAGGCCUUUUUUAACGAGGAAGUGGGACGCUGACGAGGACGUGGACAGGAAGCACUGGAGCAAAUUUCAGCCGUUUUAUAAAGUUGCCAAAAGCUUCAACUCGGACGACUUUGACUAUGAGGCGCUGGAAAACAGCGAUUACGUUUUCAUGAGAUGGAAGGAGCAGUUCCUUGUUCCCGAUCACACCAUCAAGGACAUCAGCGGGGCGUCGUUUGCAGGCUUUUACUACAUCUGCUUCCAGAAGUCCACGGCCACUAUUGAGGGUUACUACUACCACAGGAGCUCGGAAUGGUAUCAGUCACUCAACCUGAGCCAUGUCCGAGAGCACAGUAUGUCCAUUUAUGAAUUCCGCUGAACAAGAUGCCGCGCAGGUGGUGGCAACGUGACCCAGCCCUUUAGCACAGAGACUUACAGGUGCGUGGCCCCCUACGAGACCAAGGACACCAAGAACAAGCCGUUCAAAGUAGCGCUGGAUGAAAAAGUCGACGUGCUCAUCAAGGACAAAGCGGGCUGGUGGCUUGUGGAGAAUGAAGACAAGUGCUUGGCCUGGUUUCCGGCACCGUACCUGGAGAGAACGGACGAUGAACCGGAAGAGGACAAUAUUGAUGGACUUCCCGAAAGAGGAUUGUUUUACACCGUGACCAGGAGCUACAAAGCCACCAACGGUGACGAAAUAACAGUGACCAUCGGCGCCUCAGUGGAGGUGCUGCAGAAGUCGGAAAACGGCUGGUGGCUCAUCAGACACAAAGGCAAGGCCGGCUACAUCCCCAGCAUGUACCUGAAGCCCCCGAGCCACGGCCGCAUGGCAGGUGGCCACCACGAGCGCAGCAGCCCCAUCCUCCUCUCCCCUUCCAACCCGCCAGUGCAGUCACAGUUGAUGAGCCACUCUCAAGAAAACCUGCAAAAACCGAACCCCGCCAGGCCCGUCUCACCCAAUCUCCUUCGGCCCCAAAGCAAGCAAUUGUCUAAAUCCGUUGAGGUCCUGAGCCCACCUGCGUCGGCCACCGCCUCGCUUCCCAAGCAGAGACCUGUCCCACCUCCCAAUCCAGGACGCGCCCCGUCUCCCAAUCCAGGACGCGCCCCGUCUCCCAAUCCAGGACGCGCCCCGUCUCCCAAUACAGGAGGCAUCCCAUCUUCUAAUACAAGACACGCCUCACCUCCCAACGCAAGCUACGUCCCUACGCCCAUCAUCAUGGUGGAGAACGACGCGGAUAACGAUCUUCCGAUUAGCCUGACCGGGGACAGCGAGGGAGAGUUCACAAGUGACAGCGAAUUCAGCAGUGACGAAUUCAGCUCGCCCUCGACCAGCACGACCACGACCCUGAGCAUGAGCUACGACGACUACCGCCUGCGCCACAGCCGCACUCCUCCGCCGCCGGCUAGGCAGAACCUGAAUCCGGAAAGCGCCACGGGGGGCAAAAUGACGCCCGCCGUAUCCGACCCGAACAUCUUCAAGAGCGUCUCAGCGCCCAAGAUGCCGCCCAGGCCGGAGCCCAAAGAGAUCCUCAGCCGAUGCACCACCAUCACUCGCAAGAACGCAAACAGAUCUCAGAGCCCGACGCCCAUACAGAGUCAUUAGAAGUCGCCGAAGUCGGACAAUUCAGAUCAGUCGAUUACAAUGCAGCAGAAUGAGUUCAGCUGGACCUAGACUUCUCAAACAAACUUGUUUGAAUGUAUUUACGGUUCUAUACUAGAAAGAUUGCUAGCACCUUUGCAGCUAGAAACGCGUCACUCAACUCUUUCCAGUCUCUUCAGAGUAUAUUUUCCAUACUGGAAAACCUUUGUUGUUUUUACAUGUACCCAAAGAUAUUUGUUUGUGUGUCAAGAAUGCUAGAAUUGGAAAUAGCCUCUGGGUGUGUUGUGGAUUGUUUGCUUUGGACCGAAUAAAAGCAUGCCGAUCAAUUGUGCAGUGGUGCAACGUGGCUUAAACAAAGACAGCAAUGACAAAGCACAGGGAGUAACGCUCCUUCCAACAAUUUCUUCAUUUCAGUUCUCCACGGUGAAAGUUUUAAGUCAUUUCAGUGCGAACCGGCCUCACGCAGAAGUACAGCUGCAGUGCAUUCAGAACGCUGCAGCUCGGUUUCUGACCAGAACGAAGAGGUCCGAACAAGUCUUUACACUGUCCCUGGUCAGCCUUAGAAUAGAUUUUAAAGUUCUGCUACCGAUCUAUAAAUCACUAAAUGGUUUAGGUUCUGAAUUCAUGAAGGAAAUGCUAAUGGGAUAUAAACCGAGUAGGGCUCUGAGAUCGACAGACCCAGGUCAAAUAGUGGAGCACAGAGUCCAAAGCGAACGUGGUGAAGCAGCAUUUGGCUAUUAUGCUGCACAAAAAUGGAAUAAGUUGCCAACAGACGUGACGUCGGCCCCGAGUGUGAAUGUUUUUAAGUCCAGCUUAAAAACUCUUAUUCUCAUGCUUUUUAGAGCAUUUCCACUUUAAAUAGGUCUUGCAACUGUACGCUGUUUUACUUGUACUUUUAUUUUCCUCUUUGUUUUAAAUGUUCAUAAGCUGUUUUCUUUCCCUUUAUUUUUAAAUGCUUUUAAUCAUGUAAAGCACAUUGAGUUACCUUGUGUAUGAAAUGCGCUGUAUAAAUAAAGUUGCUGUGCUUUGCUUA